UUGAAAUUCCACCUCGGAACUGGGAUGCGAACCGGGAUGAGUCAAAAAUCAAAUUCGAAAAAGCCGUAAGAAGAUAUUAUUUCCAAUUGACAGUAGGCUGCGGUCGCGACGAUUGUGAGAUCAAAGUUUGUCGUUCUUGUAAAAGCGCUCCGCGAUUAUCACCAGACGCGGCAGCUAUUUUAUCAGUACAACUUGCAUCUCGUCCUCGGCGUUUUUUUUGUUCUCAUUGUCAAAUCGACUCAACGCCAUUUCCACGGUCCAAAUUUACUUUAUCCAACACAAAUAAUGAUUCCAGCCAAGAUCGACAGCAAGACUUCCCUGUAAAGCCUUUUAUUUAUUCUUUCUUUGCAGCAUCUCCAUUUGCAAGCCUAUUUUCAUAUAGCAUAGGGGAUGGAAAAACGAAGGAAACAAAUAACUCAACACAUAGUAACUCAGAAAAUAAUACAUCCGCAGUUACGCAUGUUGCCCAGAACAAUCUAUUGUGGAAAAGUGGUCACCGUACUAUCAAGCGAUCAGGUAUUUCAGCAACUAAAGAGUCAACCUUGACAGGAGAUAGUAAUGCAGCAGCAGCAGCAAUCGACGAUGUAGAAACACAUAUCGAAAGUAAUAAUAGAGAUAAUAACAUAGUAAAUAAUGGAUUCGAAUCUUCAUCGACUAUUUUUCAUAUGUCAGAAGCUACAACAAGUGUUUCUGAAGAGAAAAAUAAGAACGACACCGUUGAUCAUUUAUCAACGAGAGAUGUGAGCAAGGCUGGCUUGUCACAUUCAGACUUAUUGUCAUCACCGUUCUCCAAUAGUGAUGUUGAAACGCAAUUUAGUCUAAACACGUUAACGUUACCUCUCUUACAACAAGCUUUUACUGCAUAUCAGGGUGGUUUGAUCAAUGAUAAAAACAAUGAUAUCGAUCCAAAAAUUAAAAAAAAGGGGCAUUUUGUAUACGGAAAUCCUGUAGCCGAAAAUCAAAAACCAUCAUUUAAAUCCAGCAGCAUUAUAGGGGAUCCCAAACUUCUCCUCAACACCAUAAGGACUGUAUUUUCAUCUCGGGAGGCUUUGGAUCGAAGUUUUAUACAGAGUUCGGUUUCAACAUACUCUCAUCCCUCAAAAAUUGAUUUCGAAUCAUUAAGGAGUUCAUACAAGUUAAUUAUGGAUCUUCAUCCUCACGCUUUAUUUGAAUUAACAUUGUCGAAUGCUUUUGAAGUUCUAUUGGCAAGAAUAGAAAUGGAUCCCUAUGUACUAGAAAGAGAUGAGGGCUCAUUGAGACAGUUAUUUAUCGUUCUAGAGUGUCCUUUGCUAAUGACUUCUAAUAGAAAUGAAAGUUUUUCGGUGACUUUAAUUAAGAAAGUAGUAAGAAUACUUGGAUAUAUCGCUGAUUUCCAAGGAAGACCCAAGAAACGACUAGUACACUGGUUUUCUAAAUAUGAUGCCGAAAGUUUUGAGAAUAUUAUCCGCAUGCUUCAUCGUUAUCUUGAUGAUCAUUAUCAUCCGCCUCCUGCCUUGGUUUCACAUGAAGUGAUUGCAACGGUCAAAGCAGCAAUUGUUCCUUAUACUAUGUUUUAUAAUAUUUAUAUGUGUGAAAAACUUAAUCUUAAAGAGGCAUACAAGAGUUGGCGAAAGGCGUUUGAUCCCACUAGCUCUCGUUUGACCCGUAAUAAACCUUUUUCUUUUCUGAACUAUCCAAUGUUGUUUGAUCCAGUCGUCAAAUCCCAUCUCAGCAGAAUUGAUGCCUUGUGUCAAAUGGCACUUAAUUAUGAGGACUCAUGUGUGCAUCACACAUUUUAUGUACAGUCACAACGAUAUCUUACUGAUAAUAAUCAGAUUUUUCGUACUCUUCACGAAAGGACAAUCCCUGGUCUCUAUUUUGAAGUACGUCGCGAACAUUUGGUAAAAGACGCGCUUGAUCAAUUAAUAGUAAAGCAACUUGAUCUAAAAAAGCCAUUGAGGGUUAAAUUCAUCAGUGGUGAAGAAGAAGCUCAGGAUCAAGGAGGAAUUCAAAGAGAAUUUUUUCAAGUCCUCUUGGAGAAGUUGUUGGAUCCUGACACUGGUAUGUUUUUGUAUGAUGAACAAACACGACUUCAUUGGAUUAACGGAGCUUCUUUGGAAAACGAGCGAAAGUUUGAACUUGUGGGUAUCACCUUGGGUGUGGCAUUAUUUAAUGGAAUUCUGGUGGAUAUAAAUUUGCCAAGAAUUUUAUAUAAAAAGCUUUUAAAUUAUCCGGUCAAUUUGGAGGAUAUGAAAGAAGGUUUUCCGUAUUUAGGUAAAGGUUUAGAGCAAAUGCUUAAUUGGGACGAUGGGGACGUUUAUGAUGUGUAUCUUCGCAACUUUGAAAUUUCCUAUAAUGUAUAUGGGGAAGAGCGCAUAUUUCCGCUUAUAGAUGGAGGAAGUGAUAUACGCGUGACCAACGAAAAUAGAAAAGAGUACGUAGAAAAAUACAUCGACCAUUUUGCCAAUAAAUAUAUUGAAAAACAAUUCAAUGCAUUGCAAAGAGGAUUUCUAAGGAUGUGCGACGGAAUAAUUCCUAAGUUGUGUCGUGCUGAGGAAUUGGAGUUACUUAUUUGUGGAAAUAGAGUUCUUGACUUCAAAGAAUUAGAGAAAACUGUGAGAUAUGAAGGUGGUUUUGAGAGAAAUCAUCCUACAAUAAGAAAUUUUUGGUCAGUCGUUCAUGAUUUCUCUCACCAACAAAAAAAGCAAAUCUUAGCAUUUGUUACUGCUAGUGAUCGUGUUCCAAUCAGAGGAUAUAGUGAUAUGUCCUUUACCAUUCAAAGAAAUGGUCCCGACUCCGAUAGACUACCAACGGCACGAACAUGUUUUGGAGUCCUUUUGCUUCCCGAUUAUAGCACAAAGGCGAAACUUAGUGAUCGACUAUUAGUAGCGAUCCAAAAUGGUAGAGGUUUUGGUUUUGCAUAG